GUCCACCUGCCCAAAAUGCCAGGGGUUGGUGGGUUGGUCCCUGCCACGGCCUACACCCCACCCAGAGGUACGAAUGUGCGUGCGGUCGACCUUGGGGCACACACACACUCGCACGAAAAACCUUCAGAGGAAACCCUUCAUUCUGCGACGGGUAUAAAAGGGCCCGCCCGCCUCUCAGCAUCCAUCCGUUGCCCGCUCUCUUCGCUAGCACACGCAGCAGCUGCCGCAGCCACCACCACCACCAUGAAGCUCGUCAUCCUCGCCUGCCUGGCCGCCGUCGCCCUCGCCGCCCCCCAGGAAUUCGCCGCCCCAGUCAUUCAGAUCGUGAGGGACGAGCGCACUGACCAAGGCGACGGCAACUUCAACUACCUGUUCGAGACAGAGAACGGAAUCGCCACCAACGUACAGGGCGCCCCCGGCUCUGUGGGCCAGAGCAACAUGCAGGGCAGCUACAGGUACACCGAUGAAAACGGCGAGGUCGUUGAGGUCACCUUCAUCGCUGACGAGAACGGUUACAGCGCCCAGUCCCCACUCAUCCCCGCUGCUCCCGCCCACGUCGCCGAGCUCCUCCGCAUCGCCGAGGAGCAGCGCGCCGCUGGCAUCACCUUCGACGAACAAGGCAGGAGAUUGUAAAUGACCACACUAGAUGACGAGCACGAGACACCUCGCGGCUGAGGCUCCUCGUGUGUGAAGCAACGGAAGCUCAAGGAACAUCCUAAGAAAUCUGAACACCAACAUGAAAACACUCACACAGACACGCAUUCACGACGCAGACACGAUAAGGACUGGCCAGACACUCUGUGAGGUCUCUGUGUCUGUCCUUUGUAUUUAGUCAAAGAUAUACUUGUUAAUAAAAGAUGCGAAGAUAUA